AUGAAUACCUUUUCCAUGAACGCCCUUGCGAAGACCCUCCCGUCAGUAUGCCGGCAAUAUCAGACUCCUUUCGCUAGGUUGGGUGCUUUCCGGCAGUUUUCUUCCACUCCCCAGGACUCUUCGAGCCUCAAGGAGAAGACGAGAACCAUCGAGAACCAGAUCCUGGAUCGUCAGCCUGAGUCUGCGGACAGUGCAUCACCACUCUCUGCUAUCUCCAAGAUGAUGACCGGCGGAAGACCCCCUGCGUCUUCUCGUGUCAGUGCUGACUACGCUCGCCUGGCUGAGAGUCUCGAGGCUGACAUGAUCAAAAAUCCUUACGCGGAUCGCGCUCCACCGCACCACCUCCACGUCUUCGCGCACAAGCACAACACCAUCCUCACUUUGACACGACCCAAUGGCAAUCCAAUCUUGUCGAUGGGGACCGGGCAGAUCGGAUUCCGCAAGGGUGGCCGGGCUGGAUUCGACCCUGCUUAUCAAUUAUCGUCUCACGUCCUCUCGCAAAUUCAGGAGCGUGGGUUGUUGAUGGAGAUCAAGAGGCUAGAAAUCGUCUUCCGGGGCUUUGGCAAGGGCCGAGAUGGCUUCACAAAGGUUCUUCUCGGGAAUGAGGGACGCAAAAUCCGAGGACUCGUCAGCCGAGUGACCGACUCAACUCGCAUCAAGUUUGGCGGUACUCGCAGCCGGAGAGUCCGCAGACUGGGUUAG